UCGAUUUUUAUAUAUAAAUCGGUUAAAACAACUUAAUGUCAGAAUAAAGGGUUUGUGAGUUUCAAAGAGCACACAUUCUGAAAGUCUUUGAUUCCCAAAACAACCGAAGUUUCCAUUGUUGUGUUUUACCCCUUUCCAUUUCUCACACAUCAAGCUUUUGUAAUGCAUUUGCGUAUUCCCGAAAACACUGCAACAGGUUAGAAGAAUCAUUGACCUUAAUCUCCAUGGCUAUGGCGUCUUUUGUUGUACCCGGGAUUUCAAGUUCUCAACUUUGUACCCAAAAUCAGCUGAAAAGAGCAAGUAAAUGGGUUUUCCAUGGUGGGGUUUCUGUUACAAGUGUCAAGGUAAUGAUGCAUGUGGUCGAUCACAAUCAAAGUCAAAUGGGUCCUGGUAGUGGUGGUGAUGUCUCCCAUGGAUUGCAUAAGGAUUUGUGCUCCCUUCCAAGGCCGUUAUCCAUAACUGACAUUGUGUCUGCGUCUGAUAAUCUUGCCAAAGUUCGAAUAUCGUAUAAGGGGAUACCAGGAUCAUACAGCGAGGACGCUGCACUCAAAGCUUACCCCAAUUGUGAAACAAUCUCAUGCAGUGAUUUUGAAGAAGCUUUUAAGGCUGUUGAGUUGUGGCUGGCUCACAAAGUUGUGAUUCCAAUUGAAAAUACGUCUGGUGGAAGCAUUCAUCGGAACUAUGAUUUACUUCUUCGUCAUAGGCUUCAUAUUAUCGGUGAAGUGCAGUUGGCUACUAACCUCUCCCUUCUAGCUCUGCCUGGUGUCAGAAAAGAGCACCUUAAACGCGUUUUAAGUCAUUCUCAGGCAUUUGAAUUAAGUGAUGCUUUCCUAAAUAACUUAGGUGUUAGCCGAGAAAACGUUGGUGAUACGGCUGGUGCUGCUCAGAUUGUAGCUUCAAAUGUUCUGUAUGAUACGGGUGCCAUUGCAAGCCUUCGAGCAGCCGAAAUCUAUGGGCUUAAUGUACUUGCAGAAAGUAUCCAGGACGAUUCAGAAAUCAUCAGUCGAUAUCUUGUGCUUGCAAGGGAUCCAAUAAUUCCAAAAGCCAAUAAGCCUUUUAAGACAAGCAUCGUGUUUACACUGGAUGAAGGCCCCGGGGUUCUGUUUAAGGUGUUGGCCUUAUUUGCAUUGAGGGACAUAAAUUUAUCCAAGAUUGAAAGUCGCCCUCAAAGAAACCGUCCACUAAGAGUCGUUGAUGACUCCAACACUGGCAAUGCCAAGUACUUUGAUUACCUUUUCUAUAUCGAUUUUGAGGCGUCAAUGACUGAGCCUCGAGCGCAAACUGCAUUAGAACAUCUGCAGGAAUUUGCCACAUUUCUUAGAGUGCUUGGAUGCUAUCCUAUAGAUACAACCAUAUGACUAUAGCUAUAUAGCUAUAUUCUUUUUAUUGAUGUUUGAGGAUUUAAGGAUCUAGGAACAUCACCACCACUUGCAGCAGAUUCCAUAAGAAGUUCAGUCAAUUCCAUGAAGUCCUGUGUAUGCAAUGAAACGUUAUCGCCAUAGUUGAGUCAGUGAUCCAUGCCAGAGUAGUUGGGGUGUGUUUGGGUUAUUGGGGUGCGACCGGGACGAUUGAAGGACGACGUUGGUGUGAAUGAUUCGUUGGGGAAAUGUUGAAAUGGUUGUCGUGGUGUUUGGUAGCAAUCUGGUGGUAUGAGGGACAAUUAGUGUUAAAUGAUCGCGAAGUGUUUUGGCUAUGGAGGCUAUGGUAGGGUGAUGUGUUAGGGGCAUAUCAAUGUCUAGUGUCUUGAUAAUGAUCAUCUUGCUGGCGGUGUACAAGGUAUGCUCUUGGUAUUGUAGUUGAGUGUUUGACAUGUUGAAACCGUACGUUUGUCUGUUUGUGGGCCAUUAAUUUUAUUGGGUAAUGGGUUGUGAGUAACCGGUCUAGUAAUUUUGUGGGGGUUAGAUGUUGAACCUUCUUGUGUGUAGUGACUUGACAUGGGUCGUACAUCCUCGGCGAGAAACUCAAAUACAACCAAUCUGUAUCAAGUCAUGUAAUUGUGAGUUUGUUUUUCUUCGGUUGACAUCACAACGUCACUUAAGACAUGGUCAUGUCGGUGCUUCCAUUUUUGACACUCAGAUUUAGCGAAGCCUUGCCAAGGGUUAAAGUUCCAUUUUCGACACUCAGAUUUAGUGAAGCCUUGUCAGGGGAUCUGGGAUGUGCCGAAGCAUGUCGAAUAACAAUUUAACACGGUCACUAUGAUGCAUCUCCACAAUGGUGAACCUGUUGAUCAGUGUGCAUGCAGUCCAAACAACUCCAUCUUGUUCGUUGAUUUAAUGUUCAUGAUCCAAGUUUAGAUAUGGACACCAAAUGAACUGAAGAUGAAAAAUAUAUUAGAUUAUAAAUUGAGUGAUAUUAAAAACAAGUUAUUACGAAUUAAUUCGAUUAAUGGUAAUACAUCUGUUGAUCUAAGGUGAUCCAAGAGAUUGUGAUACUGGGUAAUACAAUGUCUAGUACAUCUGUUGUAACUCAUAUCACGAGUCAGCCAUCUGCACAAAAAAGUAAAUAUAUUAUUUUGAGAUAAUAAGUAAAGUAAGCAAAUAUAGUUAAUGUUAAAAACUAACAUUUGUGCGUACGAGAAUGUGAACGGGUUGUGGUUGACGAGCGCUAGGGACGGUAGUCUGGACCCACCUCAUGCUUGGAGUAAAAUAGCGCAUCCAAAAAAUAUAGAUGCGUCUUUGUGUGCAUUUUUACACAAAGAGCUAUAUAGAUAAGCCAAACAAGCGGACCCUUAACUAUAACUUCUUAUUUUAUCUACAUGUCUUAAUAAGGAUAAAUAUAACAUGCAUACUAUAAUCACUAUCUUCGAGAAAUAAAAACAAACCAAUUAAAAGCAAAAUGUAACACCUAGUUUUUAUUAUUCGAGUUUGUUUGAUAGAAUUUUUAUCUAAUUAUAAAGUGUUGUAAUAUACCUUAAGACGCGAAAGCAAUAUACCUUGACCGCUCGAGUUAUCAUCUAACAAGUCAACACCCAAGAAUUUCAUGCAAAUUGAAUUUUUGUAGUUGGUUUUUUCGUUUACCGUCUUACCCUCGAUAGGUAGCACCAAUAACAUGUACACGUCUUCUAACGUUACGGUACAUUCACCGAUUGGAAACCAGAAAAUGCGUGUCUCGAGACAAUAUCUUUCACAUAAAGCUAGUAUAAACUUAUUAUCAACCGACCAAGACAUGAUUUUACUAACAUGUCGAAAACUGGCGAGGUCGAUAUAAGGUUGAAUCAACUCGUCGAUGGCAACAAAUUCGUGGACACGACUACGAAACUUAGAAACAUCCUAAAAAAAGAAAAUAAGUUUUUUCCUAAAAAAAUGCAUUAGAAAAAUAUAAGUAUGUUUUUUAAUAAACACUUACCUAAGUCGCAAUGUUGACGAUAUUUCUUUAGUGCAAUUCAUCCAUAAUCAGUAGAGACAUUUUUUACGCAAUGAGAAAUAUGAAUUGAAAUGUUGGUUAUUGAUGAAAAUAUGAGAGAUAAGUCGUGUUGCUGAUGAAAAAUGGAUAUACAACCUAUGUCUAUUUAUAAGGAACACUUAAAUGCUAGAACUAAAUGUGGUGUCAUCUCAAUUGGCGACCAUAUUCAAAAUUUAUGUGCUAGUGCCAAAUUGACUGACGAUUUCAUAGGUUGACAGGAUUCCUAUAGGCUGCAUGGCUAUGACGUGGCAGAAUUCUUCCAUGCAUGGUCUUGUCACAUGGGCUUUGUAGAGUGCAACCUUGAGAUUCUACACUCUACAAAGCUUAUGUGACAAGACCAUGCAUGAAAGAUUCCUGCCACGCCAUAAGCAUGCAGACCAUGGGAAUCCUGUCACUUGACAACUUAUGAAAUCUCCAGUCGGUUUGGCGCUAACACAUAACUUUUGAAUGUGGUUGCCAAUUGAGAUGACGCCACAUUUAAUUCUAGCAUGAUGCCUAUUACAUGUUGUCCCUAUAAAUAGACACAUGUUGUGUAUCCAUUUUUCAUCAGCAACACUACUUAUCUCUCAUAUUUUCAUCAGUAACCAACAUUUCAAUUCAUAUUUUUCAUUGCGUAAAAAAUGUCCCUACUGAUUAUUGGUGAAUUGCACAGAAGAACUGUCGUUAACAUUGCGAUUUAUGUAAGUGUUUAUGAAAAAACAUAUUUUCUUAUAUUUUUCUAACAUUUUUUUAUGAAAAAACUUUUUUUAGGUUUCGUACCCGUGUCCACGAAUUUGUUGCCAUCGACGAGUUGAUUCAACCUUAUGUCGACCUCAUCGAUUUUGGACAUGUUAGCAAAAUCAUGUCUUGGUCGGUUGAUAAUAAGUUUAUACUAGCUUUAGGUGAAAGAUGGCGUCCCGAGACACAAACUUUCUGAUUUCCAACGGGUGAAUAUACCAUAAUGUUAGAAGACGUCUACAUGUUAUUGGGGCUGCUUAUCGAGGGUAAGGCGGUAAAUGGAACAACCAACUACGCAAAUUCAAUUUGCAUGGAACUCUUGGGUGUUGCCUUGUUAGAUGAUAACUCGAGAGGUCAAGGUAUAUUGCUUUAGCGCCUUGAGGUAUAUUACAACAGUUUACAAUUAGAUGAAAUUCUAUCAAACAAGCUCGAAUAAUAAAAACCAGGUGUUAUAUUAUAUUUUUAAUUGAUUUAUUUUUAUUUUCUGAAGGUAGUGGUUCUAGUAUGUAUGUUAUGUAUUUAUCCUUAUUAAGACAUGUAGAUAAAAUAAGAAGUUAUAGUUGGGGGUCCGCUUGUUUGGCUUAUCUGUACAACUCUUUGUGUAAAAAUGCACACAAAGAAACAUCUACAUUUUCUGGAUGCACUGUUUUGCUCCAAGCACGGGGUUGGUCCAGACUACCGUCUCUAUCGCCUGUCAACCACAAGUCGUUCACAUUCCCGUACGUACAAAAGUAAGUUCUUAACGUUAACUAUAUUUACUUACUUUACCGAUUAUUAUUUCUAAAUAAUAUAUUUACUUUUUUGGGGCAGAUGGUCGGCUCGUGGUAUGAAUUUGAACAGAUUCCUAGACACUAUAUUACUCAGUAUCACAAUCUCUUGGAUCACCUUAGACCAUCAAAUGUAUUGCCAAUAAUCGAAUUAAUUCGUAAUAAUUUAUUUUUAAUAUCACCCA